AUGGCGGCCGCCGUUCGCGCUGUCGAUGCCCACGACCACAGCGUAAAUAGCUUGACCGCGCGCGUCGACCUCCCCGAAGACUUCCCCAAGGACCCUCAAGACGUCGUUGCGGACGACCUUGACGAUAUCAACUGGUUCCCAACCGCGGACGACGCGUUCGGGAACGGUGAGGCAUGGGACAAAUGCGUCGUGUGCGCGCAGCUGGCGCACGAGUGGAUGAGGCAGGGCAGCGGCGGCAAGGACAACGACCAGGCCCUCGCCUUCUGCAAGGGUCUCGCAAUCUGCGAUGCGGAUCAUGCAGCGAAGUUCGCGGACAUGUACCGCGACGGCCGGUUCCCGCCGGAGGACAAAUGGGGAGAGAUACCGGGCGAGGACCUGCUAGAAACCAGAGACGGUGGUGAUGUGUUCUUGAAGGUGCUGAUGACUUUCAAGAUCAGGUACCUGUUCUUGAAUAGGACGAACUUGUUUUUGGACAAGUCUCACUUGGAGAAGUUCUGGGAUUCAGUCGGUGGUGACAUGUUGUAG